AUGGAAGGGGAACUUGAUAUGGAAUAAAUUGAGGCAGAUUUUGGUAUAAAUCUGAAAGAUAUUCCUAUUUAAGAUAUUCCACUCAAGCUUGGUGAAACAGAGUAUUUUUUUGCAGCAAAAAAGGGUUUGUGGAAAACAAAAGUAGAAAAUUAAAAUGAUGAAAAGUUUGAAAUGGUAGACAAGGAAACGGGAUAUGAAAAAAAGAAGAAAAGAAAUAAAGAUGAAGGAGACAAUUUAAGUAUUCAAGAAAUGUAGAGUCGUAUAACUAAAAUAGAACAAUAAAUAAAAUCAUCAAUAGGCUAAAUUACAGAUCUUGAUCAAAACAUAUAAAAUACGAGAGAGAGAUUGAAAGAAGUAAAACAAGAAAAUAAUAGACUCACAGAAAUAUAUAUCGACGAACAUUUAGAAACAGAAUUACUUGUGUUAUAGGCAUAAAGGAUUAUUUAAAUAUAGAAAGAUAUAUUAGAAUAAGAAAAGAAUUUAUGA